AUGGAUUUGGCGGGGUUCGGCCUGGAGCGAGUGGCGAGCCUGGAGGAGGGCAGCGACGCCGAGGACUGGGAGGAGCCCGCCCGCCACGACGCCAACGGCGCCACGGAGGCGACCGGCAACGACUCCGCUGAAGCCGCGUCUCCGGCCGCCACGGACCGCCGCGAUUCUCCCAGUCGCGACGACUCGCAGUCGCAAUCGCCGUCGCGGUCGUCGCGAUCGUCGUCGUCGCAGUCGUCUAGGUCGUCGGCGUCGUCGCGGUCAUCGCACAGCGACGGGGAGAGUGAAGAUCGAGGCGCUGGGGACGAGAGGAGGGAAGGCAAUGGGGAGACAGAGGAGGAGAAGGAAGAGGGGUAUGACGGAGAAGGGAUGGGAGGGGAUGUGAAGGGCAGCGGUGGCGAGGAGGCGACGGGAGGAGACCCGCGGGGUGAUGGCGGCAAGGAGGGGGGAAUGGCGGAUGGGGGGACGGGGCUGGGCGUGAACCUGGACUUUGAUGAGGACGACGGGAGUGACUAUAACGAGUCCAGUGACGGUGACGGGGCCGGGACGGGGAGUGACAGAAGCGGAGAGGAGUGGAGAGGAAGCGAGGGGGGGGAGGGGGGCGAGGGUGGGGAGCAGGAGCAUGCGAGUGGCGUGAAGCGGAAGGAGCGAGGCGCGGGCGAGGCAGCAGAGGGGGAUGAGCGGCCGGCGAAGCGGAUGGAGGCGGGCGGGGCAGGCGAGGCGGAGGGGCUGCUGGUGCGCGUGGUGGCGGACCACUACAGCCGGCGCGACAACCAGCAGCGGCACGAGCGCGAGGCGAGUCCCAUCAUCCACCUGAAGAAGCUCAACAACUGGAUCAAGUCCGUGCUCAUCCGCAUGCACACCCACCCCGCCCGUGGCGCGCGCGUGCUGGACCUGGCGUGCGGCAAGGGCGGCGACCUGACCAAGUGGGCGCGCGUCAACGUGGGCUUCUACCUGGGCGUGGACGUGGCGGAGGGCUCCGUGCACGACGCCAUGGCGCGCUACAACGGUGACUCGCACCGCGGCCUCGCCGGGGGGGAGGGGGGGGACGGAGACAGACGGCAGAUGCGCUUCCCGGCGAAGCUGGCGUGUGCGGACUGCUUCGGCGUGGCGUUGGACCGCGAGUUGCUGCCGUGGGCGCCCUUUGACAUCUGCUCCACGCAGUUCGCGCUGCACUACUCCUUCGAGACCGAGCAGCGCGCUCGCUGCGGGCUGCGCAACAUCGCAGCGCUGCUGCGGCCGGGCGGCAUGUUCAUCGGCACCAUCCCCGAUGCCAACGUGCUCGUGCAGAAGCUGCGUGCCUCGCCGAACCUCAGGUUCGGCAACUCAGUCUACUCUAUAGAAUUCGCCCCGGAGUUCACCUCGAAGAAGUUCCCCUCGGCACGGCCAUACGGCAUCCGGUACGAGUUCCGGCUGGAGGACGCGGUGGACUGCCCCGAGUGGCUCGUGCCGUUCGCCUUCCUGCAGCGCCUGGCGGGCGAGUACGGGCUGCAGGUGGUCCACCACGCCAACUUCCACACCUUCAUCAAGACGCACGCCGCCGUCGAGCCGCACGCGUCACUGCUGCGGCGCAUCGUGGGCGAGCGGUGGUGCGAGGAGAUGACGGCGGACGAGUGGGACGCGGCGUACCUCUACUGCGUCUUCGUCUUUCGCAAGGAGGGCACUGCUGGGGCUGAGGGGGGUGGGGCUGUAGGGGAGAGGAGGGAGGAGCUGACACGUCAGCGUGCUGAGCUGGCGGCGUUCUUCCACGUGGGCAUGAACACGUUCACGGACCGCGAGUGGGGCACAGGCCGCGAGGACCCGCGGCUGUUCGACCCGGCGGCGCUCAACGCGACGCAGUGGGUGGACACCGUCAAGGCCGCCGGCUUCCAGCUGGUGGUGCUGACGGCCAAGCACCACGACGGCUUCUGCCUCUGGCCCUCCGCGCUCACCAACCACUCCGUGCGCCGCUCGCCCUGGAAGGCCGGCCGGGGGGACGUCGUCGCUGACGUGGCGGCGGCGGCGCGGGCGGCGGGCGUGGGGUUGGGGUUAUACCUGUCGCCGUGGGACCGCAACGCGCGGGCGUAUGAGGAGGGCGCUGCGGCGUACAACGCCUUGUAUGAGGGGCAGCUGCGCGAGCUGCUCACCCGGCAGAAGCGUGUGAACAUGAAGACAGUGGUGAGGGCAGUGGUGAAGACAGUGGUGAGGGCAGUGGUGAGGGCAGUGGUGAGGGCAGUGGUGAAGACAGUGGUGAGGGCAGUGGUGAGGGCAGUGCGCCACUCCACUCACUCCCGUGGUGAGGGUGCGAUGCAGCACGCUCAUAGGAGGAGCAGCUUGACCCCAAGCCACACCCAAGCCACGUGUGCCGCCCUCCCCUGCCGUCCCGCCUGCGCCCUGCCUUGCAGCUACGGGCCUGUGGCGGAGGUGUGGCUGGACGGCGCCAAGGGGGACCGCCGCCCCAUGACCUACCACACUGCCACGUGGCAGGCUCUCAUUCGGCAGCUGCAGCCGGCAGCGGCGGUGUUUUCAGCGCAGGGCCCCGACAUGCGAUGGGCGGGCAACGAGCGCGGCGAGGCGGGCGAGCCGUGCUGGGCCAUGGUGAACGGCAGCCAGCUCACGCUGGAGGGGUGGGACACGGACUACCUGAACCACGGUGACGUGGCGGGCACGGACUGGAUGCCAGCGGAGUGUGACGUGUCCAUCCGCCCGGGGUGGUUCUGGCACCCGUCAGAGCGCCCCAAGCCCCCCGCCCACCUGCUGGACCUCUACUUCGCCUCAGUGGGGCGCGGGUGCUCGCUGCUGCUCAACGUGCCGCCCAACACCACGGGCCUGCUGCAUGGGGAGGACGUGCAGCGUGUGGGGCAGUUGGGCCGCGCGCUCUCAGUGCUGUUCCAGGAGGAGGUCAGCGCCGGUGCUCGCGUGCACGCCAGCACCGUGUAUGGCUGUGAGGGGGGAUGGAGGCGGAAGGAAGAGGAGAAGAGGGUUUUACCAAGGGAAUGGUUUGGGUUGGGGUUAUGGGGAUGGUGGGGGGGUUGGGGGCGAGGGAGUGGGUGUGAGUACGGGCCUGAGAAUGUGCUGAGUGCUGGGGAUGGCACCUUUUGGGCGGCCGAGGAUGGGGUGCUGUCUGCCACUGUCCAGUUCGACCUCGGGCAGGUGAAAACCUUUCAUGUGGUUCGGCUGGAGGAGCCUGUGGCGUACGGGCAGAGAAUAAAAUCGUUCACAGUGGAGGUGCUCGACCCAGACCCUGCUGGUGCAGCCGCCGCCAUUCCAGCUGCCCCUGCGGCCGACGUUGGUGGUGCCGGUGCUGGUGGGUGUGGGCCAGGCGGGUGCAAUUCCGGGGAUGGUGUGCUGCCGUCCCUACCUGCGCUGCCGGGCCUGGGAGAGCAUGCGCUCCACACACUGCAUGGCGCCCAGGGGGCGGCACGCAGCAUGCUGGGGAGGACAGGGAGUGCUGGGAGGGCGGGGGAGUGGAGGGUGAUAGCGAGGGGCAGCACGGUGGGGCGCAAGAGGCUGUUUCGGUUGGAAGCAGUGAGCGCGCGGCAUGUGAGGCUCGUCAUUCACGAUGCCAGGGCUGUCCCGCUGCUCUCCUUCUUUGCGCUCUACAGAAGCGGCGAUUUGAGCACCAUAUGA